UUCUACGUGAUAAGAAACGACAAGGUAGCUUAUUGUGUGUUUCCGAAACAUAACUCAUUCAAGUUUAAAAACAUGAACAGUUGCUUACCGUAGUUCUUUUAUUACGUAUGAUAUUACAUUUUUUCUUGAUUUAUGUGCAAGAAUCGUAUGUUAUAACUGUACACAUAUUACGUUACAAUUUACGUCUUGUGAGCUCGGCAUCAAUUGUUCGUUCAGUGAAUGGAGUUUGUCUUAUCUCUUUGACAUAUGUAAAUUAAUUUUCACCAACUUCAAUAAACUGAGCAAAACGUAGUAUUUCUCACAACGGUUUAUAACCAUAAGCAGCCCACAGGAAGAUCACAAUGGACCGUGAGACACAAAAAGAAAAAACUAAAAACGUGCAAUGGUCUCAAUGGUUCGCUGGUAUCGGAGUCAAUCUUCUGCUUGUACAAAUAGGAAUGAUAGUGCUAUGGAGUUCACCGUACAUCACAUAUUUGACUUCACCCGAAUCUCCCAUACCCAUGACAAUGAAUGAAAUUUCAUGGGUGGUAUCUAUAUUAAAUUUAGGCAGGCUAGCUGGCUCGAUUUGUGGUUCUGUUGCAGUCAACUAUUUUGGCGCUAAAACAGCGAUCUUGAUGACGAGCUUGAAUAUAAGUUUUAGCUGGCUUCUGAUAAUUAUCGCUAAUCGAGCGGAAUGGCUGUAUGCAGCUAGGUUUGUAGCUGGCAUGAGUGUAGGAAGCGCGAAUUGCUGCUACCCACUUUAUCUAGGCGAGAUCGCGGAACCUACGAUUCGCGGAGCUCUGGUCGCUUUAGCUAUGAUUGGGAUAGCAAUCGGCUAUGUAAUGAUCAGCACUAUGGGAGCGAUCUUAAGCAUGAAGAUGAGCGCUGCUAUAUGCUUCGCCCUCAGUCUCAUACUGAUAAUCGUCUUCUUUUGGUUGCCGUCUUCGCCGUAUUAUUUCAUCAAAAUUAAAGACGAGACGAAAGCGCGAACCUCGAUAGUCUGGUAUCAUCGCGGUUGCGAUGUAGAAGCGGAACUACAGGCUUUAAAACUUUUCAUUGAAAAGAAUAAAAGUCCACCCUUCAUAGACAUCAUAAAGGAAUUCAAAAUCCCAUAUAUUUGGAAAGCGCUAAUACUCUCGUUCGUACUUUUCGCAUACUUUCAGUUAAGUCAAAGCAUCGUGUUCUAUUACAUGGAGACCAUCCUACAAAACGCCCAAGUGACCGUUAUAGACCCGUCAGUGAUUGUAAUUAUCGCCAGUGCUACGGGAAUAUUCGCUUCCAUGCUUUCCAUAUUCCUAAUCGAUAAGAUCGGCAGGCGAAUCCUGAUGAUUGUCUCCAGCUUAGGAAUCACGAUCACGCUAAUCUGCUUGGGUGUACAAUAUCAGCUACUCGACGCGGGGUAUGACCCCACCAAUCUUCAGGCACUACCGAUAUUCUCGAUAUUGUUCUUUCAGAUAUCUUCGCUCAUUGGCAUCAUCCCAGUACCGUACACGGUAUUGGGUGAGAUUUUUCCGCCACACAUUAAAUGCAUAGCCAGCUGUUUUGCCAACCUGUUCGGUGCGGCAACCUCUUUUAUCGCCACGUCGACAUUUCAGCCUUUAAUCGAUUUGAUCACGGAAAAGUACGUGUUCUAUGUGCACGCUUUGAUAAUGAUAACUGCUGUACCAUACACAUAUUUCUGCAUGCCUGAGACUAAGUAUGCGGCUGUCAUGGUUCUGCUCAAUUUGAUGUUUCAAAUAUUGAUACGCACUGCGUCUCGCAGCCUGUAACACAGACGCCAUUCAGCAUAAAAUACUGAUGUGUCUUUUAAUUUUUGUAGUAAUAUACUGUUCUAAUAGAUAUAAAUAAUUUAUUAUACCUA